AUGGGAACAUCCAGGAAACGGUUUGUUUCCAAGCUACCCGACUUUAUGGAUUUUGUCAAGGCUUAUAAUUUUAAGUUAGAGUGUUGUAGACGGUCAGAAGGCAUGGACAUGCCCCUUCUGGACGAUGACAGAGUACAUUUAUUUAUAAUUCUUCUCCUAAUACCCCUUCAAUUUCUUGUUUGGAACUACAUACAUGCGUCGCAAGACGACACGGAUUUAAUCUUCAGACCCAGUAUCUACUUUAAGUCCAACCCAUUUUUCGUAUUUAAUUAUCUUAAAAACGCAACUGCAAAGAUUUACCGGAGGGGUGUUGCUGGCAUUUCGUCCCUAAAGUUGAAAGACUUGUUUGCUUUCCCGAUAUCAAUGCGAUCUUCCAAGCCGACAUUGCCACCACCUUCACCACCUAAGAUUAUUGAGCUUUACGAACGCAAUCACGUCUUUUUUGGAGCCAACCAGCGAAUUCAUCAGACUCGACCCCUCUCCCUGCGUUUUUCAAUUGGUCAGGUAGUGCGCCAUCGUCUGGGUUUUAAGGCCGUGGUGAUUGGUUGGGACGAGUUCGCAUGUGCACCGGCAUCCUGGAUGGUCCUCCGAUAUCCUCGACUCGAGAGAGAGCUGGAAGCAAGACGACAGCCAAACUAUCGUCUUCUUGCCGAUGCAAAGGACACAAUUUUCCAGUUGGGGCCUGUAUACGCUGCUCAAGAUGAGCUGGAGGCCUUGUCUCCAGAAGAACUAAAGACGGAGACCAGAGACCUCUACCCUCAUGUAGCCGUAAUCAAACACUCAAUCAUCCCUGAAUUUUUCGACUUUUUUGAUGGGAAAAAGUUUUCUCCCCGACCAUGGCUUCGUCGCAUCUAUCCUCAAGGGUGA